UCCCAAUAGUAUUGCGGGAAAUUCAAUAUUUAAACCAACACAACACAGAACAGGAUAGAGUUGAACAGAUCAAUAUUAAGGAAAGAAUUUAUCAGAUUAUUGAUUCGAUUGUUAGCCAGGCAUGUCAGGGAAGCAGACAUUCCAGCUUAGAAUCGAGGAUUUUAUUGGAUAAGUGUGCGUGGUAUUGCCUGUUGGGUUUCAAAAUUCUUGUCUGGUAUUUUAAAACAGUUCAAUUCUAGCUAGUGACUAUUAAAAAAGAGAGUCUCAGUUUCUUCCAAUUUAUAAAGGUACCAAAUUCUGAUUGAAUAUAUCUCUAUGUGACACAAGAUGGCAGCUAGAAGAAAGGAAUCUACAAGUGAUGUGAAACAACGUCAACCAUUAGGCACACCAACUGUCAUGUCUACACCCUCUCGUAGUGGUCUGUAUCACCUUAGAGAAAGGUUGGAGCGACAGAUAGAAAACAACCAAGGAAAACUUGAAAAACAGACCAGUCCAACACUAGAAAAACUUAAAAUGACCCCAGGUCGAGUGUUAAAAGACAGGGAAUUGUUGGCUAGCAAACAUGGCAGUGUACGACAGAAAGCAGACAAGUUAAACGUUGGGGGAGGAGUGUGUUUGUGGCCUGGGAUGGAUGACAUGAGAUUAUCACAGCGAGAGAUCAUAGAAAUUUUCUUUGUAUCUUUUUUCUUAUUAGUAGCUGUCCUUAUAGCGUUUAAUAAACUUCAUGGAUCAACAAUUGAAGAAUUAUAUAAAUAUCACAAUGUACUAAAAGAUUUCCAUGGCAGCCAUUACAUAUCAGUGAGUCAGUCCUCUUUAGAUAGUGGUUUACAAAGAUGGCACAAAGAAUAUAGAAAACUUAUUCAGCAGAUUCACUCAUCUUUUGACAUGAGUCGUGUUCCCCUGAUGUAUGUGAUGUAUAUGUUGGUAUAUUGUGGAGGGAUGGGAUUUUUAAUCUACUGUCUUGUAGACAAUAUGUUUGCUAAAAGUAAAUUGUCACCUAACAGAAUUAAACAAUGGGUUAGUAUAUUAGUUGUAAUCAGCACAUGGACUGGAGCCCUGUUUUAUUUUAUGAUGGCAGCCUACCUUGUAGAAUCAGCAAUAGAAAGUAAUGUAACCAGACUGGUAUAUGUUUUAGGUGAAGCAUUGGAACAUAAUGCAGAAGUAACAAAGUUAUCUAAUAUGAUAAGUUACUGGAAGACUGUACCGCAGACAGGAACACUGACAUUACUUGGCCUGGUAACCAUUAGAGACUUCAUGCACUAUAUUCAAUAUUAUUUUAUACCCAUUAUGACAAUACUCAUAACACCAAUUGUCAAACUUGUUAUGUCAUUGUAUUCUGUUUAUACAUUUUCUAGUGAACAGUACAACAGACACGGACACUGACAUACAUGGUACCCAUUCAUAAUCUCUUACAAUGCAUAAGCUCUAAUACAAAGUGUGUGAAGAACAUAUUCCAAUUUAUUGAGGUUUUUUGGGGGGUAAAAAGAAGACAACUCUAACGUGAAAAUAUUUUGUCACUCUAUAAAUUUUGAUAUGUAAAAUGUACAAAUUAAGUUUGUUAAAAAAAAAUUAUAUUAUUACAAUAGCAUCCAUCAUUACUCUUUCAACUUGUCAUUAACACAAUCCGUCCUCUUUCCCUCGAUUGUGACUUUACUGAAUGAGACUAAUCACAUGAUUUGUAUGGUAUGAGCAACUCGAUGAGUGCCACAUGUGAACAGGAACUACUUACCCUUUUGGAUUUUUGGUGGGUUUCAUGUUGCCCUAACGCAUUAUCCUUGUAAUAUUUUUGUCUCGCCUUGACACAGUCAAAAAGCGAGACAUAGGUAUGCUGUUUCUGGCGGUGAUGGUGUCAACAAUAUAUUAGUUUGUGAUUAGGUCUCCUUUAUGGUGAACCACUAGUGGUAGGUCAAUGAUAUUUGGUAUGCAGUUGUAUUAGCAUUGGCACAUCUCAUUACCAUGGAGUUUAUUUGGCCCUGCCCCCUCAGUCAUGGUCUAUUGACUUUGAAACUUUGCUUAGUUUACAUGUAUUAGUUUGUGAUUAGGUCAGUUUACGGGGAACCACUAGUGAUAGAUCAGUGAUAUUUGGUAUGAAGAUGUAUAAGCGUUGGCAUAUCUAAUUUCCAUGGAGAUUAUUUGGCCCUGCCCCCUCAGUCAUGGUCUAUUGACUUUGAAACUUUUGCUUAGUUUUCAUGUAUUAGUUUGUGAUUAGGUCAGUUUAUGGGGAACCACUAGUGGUAGGUCAAUGAUAUUUGGUAUGCAGUUGUAUAAGCAUUGGCAUAUCUCAUUUCCAUGGAGAUUAUUUGGUCUAGCCCCCUCAGUCAUGGUCUAUUGACUUUGAAACUUUUGCUUAGUUUACAUGUAUUAGUUUGUGAUUAGGUCUCGUUUAUGGGGAACCACUAGUGGUAGAUCAGUGAUAUUUGGUAUGAAGAUGUAUAAGCAUUGGCAUAUCUAAUUUCCAUUGAGAAUAUUUGGCCCCACCCUCUCAGUCGUGGUCUAUUUACUUUGAAACUUUUGCUUAGUUUACAUGUAUUAGUUUGUGAUUAGAUCAGUUUAAGAUUAACCAUUAAUGUUAAGUCAAUGAUAUUUGGUAUGCAAACUUAUUGGCAUUUGCCAGUCUCCUUUCCAUUGAGAUUAUAUAGCCCCACCCCCUUAUCAAGGUUCAUUGACUUUGAAACUUUUCCAAAGUUUACAAGUUAAUGUUUGUGUUUAGGUUUGUUUAAAGAGAACGACUUAUGAUAAGUCAAUGGUAUUUGGUAUGCAGUUGUAUUAGCAUUGGCACAUCUCAUUUUUAUGUAGAUUGUGUAGCCAUGUACCUUCAGUCAUGGUUCAUUGACUUUGAAUAUUUGCAUAACUUACAUGUUAAAGUAUUGCUAUUUUAAUUUCAACAUUAGCAUUAUCAAAAUUACAAAAAGGCGAGACAUAUCUCUUUGUAAACAGUUUAUGUUAUUGUUGGUUGAUUUUAGUCGUCCUUUUUUUUGUCAAGGUGUGAUGUCUGUUUUUGUUGGAUUUAUGAAUUUCGAUUUGCCCCUUGGUUUCUUCACACUUUUAUAGAACUUUUGAAAAAUAUCACAUUAAGCAUAAGCAGAAAGUAGAUAAUCUAUCAUAAAUUGGUUUUAUCUUAUAACAUGAUUCAAAAUGAUUUAGAUUUUUCUGUGUUUUUCACUGGGGUUACAGUCAUUUGAGUCAACACAAAGAGUUAUUACUUUUCAAGUAACAUUCACUGCAAUAACAAGUGUAUUAGUUUAUACAUGACAGUGCAACAAUAUUUGGUAUGUUAAUUUUCUGUUUUAAAUUAUAAAAUAAUUGCCUAUCUGACAUCUGUCAUUUGCCAUUGAACUAAUUUAUUAUUCAACUUUUAAGACAACGGUUUUGGAUUAAGUAUAUUAUCCAGUAACUUUGUAUGGAUAGUUGUUGGGUUCAUUGUAAGAAAAAAAUAUCUGUCUGAGAGGUGUCAUGACCCUGACCUACUUUUCGUACUGCAGUGAUCAUUAUGAAGAUUUUUUAUUGGGUCUGUCCUACUUUAAUUUUUGGAAUGUGAAUUCAUUAUAAUACAUCUAUAAAUGAAUUUGACAUUGGCCUUAGUUGUAUGAUGAAAUUUCUUUUUUGUUAUUGGUUUUACUGGUGAUACCUUAUAAUUUGGUUUAUCUAAUUCUGUCUGCAUUUAAACUGAUUUUGACCAGUUUGAUAAUUUUGAUAUAACAUACAUUGAUACAUUUUGUUGUGUUUAAUUUCACAUCAUUUCUAUUUAUCCGAAUAUUGCGCAUUUUAAAAAUUCCAAAUUUAGCUAUCUUGAGUGUAUAAAUACUGUUAUCAACACGGUGGUGUCGUAGAAUCUUUACUUAUUAACUGUUGUUUUAUAUAUGUGUUCAAAGUUAUUAUUGUUUUAUAUAGUUUUAGAAAUAUAUAUGUUCAAAUUCUAUAGAACCACUAUCUAUUAUAAUUUUUAACUAGUUAAUAAAAGUUGAGUAUUUUAA